CCUCCUCCAUCCUUCCUUUCUCCCUCCAUCCAUCCUACGAAGAAGAAAAAAAGCUCCCUCACUGACAAAAACAAGACAACUCCAAAAGCCAAAAAUGACCCUAAAACCCCUCGUCCUCUCCCGCAUCCACACCCUCUGCACCACAUUCAGCGACCCGUCGUCCUCGCUCCCCUCUCUGCUCUCAAACUUCACCACCUCGGAGCCCUGGGCCUUCGAACACGGACUCCCCGCUUUGGCGCCCUUCCUGGGCCGCAAGUUCAGCGGCAUCGAGGGGCUCACGAGAUACUUUACGCUGUUGGCCGAGACGCUGGAGAUCGAGUGGAUGCGGGUUGAGGGGGAGGAGGGGUGGGUUGUUGAUGUUGAUGUUGAUGGGGAUAGUCAUGGGAUAAUGAAGGUGUCGUUGCGCGGAGAGGCGCGGUUUCGAUGGAAGAGUACGGGGCAGGCGUGGGAGGAGGGGUUUGCGUAUCGGAUUGGGUUGGUUGAUGAGGGCGAGGGUGCAGGUGCAGGGGCAGGGGCAGGGGCCGAGGGAGAUGGGAAUAGGGUGAAGGUGAAGGAGUAUGAGGUGUGGGCGGAUACGGGGGCGGCUUAUUUAGCGAGGAAGGGGGAGUUGGAUCGAUUGGAGUAA